ACUACUCAUCAUCAAAAGAACGUUGUGUAUUCAUAGAGUGGUCGUUCGCGUACAGAACCGGACGAAUGAGUGUUCACAAUUUGAAGGGCAUAGGCUACCAAACAGUCCAAGCCACGUCGGUUUAAUCGACGCAGCAUUUGCAUUCGCCGUGAAAAGGUUGUUUUAUCAUCCAGAAGCUAAUAAGCGCAACGGGUGAAAAUGAAUGUACGCCUCGUUUGUUUAUGAAAUGUAUCUUCCUCCGGUGAACCUGAAAGCUCGAAGCACUUCACUUGGCAGCGUACCUGUCCUCCACUCUGACAUCGGCAGUGUGGAACGCGCUUGGAUGCCGAUAGUUAUAUUUGAAGAACAGGCAGGUCUGAUAUUAUAAAAGUAUCGUAACAGGGAAAAGCUAUUUAAACCUCAUCCUCUGACAAGCCUUAAACACAAUAAUAGCCCAGAACUAUUCAUCCUCAGGAGAGGUAGGCGCCGAACAGGCAUCAGACUAUACUCAACUAACCAAGUCUUCAUUCGGCGUCUGACAACAUUUCAUCUCUAAUCUUUACUGAACAGGCCUCCAUCUUCGCAAUCAACAGUAGCCUAGGCCAAGGCUCCUUCACUCGCUCUCGCUCGCCCUCCUCAGCAGCAGGCGCACGUGACGUGAGUGGCCGGAACCAGUUUCAGUGAGUUUGUGGGAGAUGGAUCCAGACAAUCAGAGCCAAAGCCAGCCACAGCCUGAGAACCCAUCUGGACUAGCAGAGGUUUUAACCCCCACUCCAGCAGUAGUUCCAGGCACAGAAGCCCCAGCCUCCGACCCUUCUGCCUCUGCUCCUGCUCCUCAAAUGUCAGUCCCAGUGCGGCCUCGACGGCCUCAGAGGUCCCCCAGAAUAGAGGGCUCUGUGGACGUCUGUGAUCCAAAACCUGACCCUCCAGAGGCCAACCAGGACCGAUCCACCACUCAUGAUGCUCCAGCUGGGGCCAGCCAUCCUAAGCCCCUGCAGCCUGAAGCAGCCAAACCCCAUGGGGGGCAUGGGGGGGCCACUGAAACCUCUCUGAAGGCUGGCCCUAAAGUCCCAGGCCACCCCCCAGGGGCCAGGAGCCCCAUCUCAAUGAGGGCAGCCUCAGUUCCCCAGCCACCGUCCUCCAGGCCUAUACCUCCCCAUCUCAACCCUCAUGCCCAGAGGGCCUUCUCUGUGGUGGGCACCGCGGACACACAGUCUCAGGUGGUGGAAGACUUCAGGGUGCACCUAGUCACAUGGAAUGUGGGCGGUGCAAUGCCGCCAGAUGACAUCACUGCUCUGCUGGGGUUGCACAUUGGAGAUGGAAACACAGACAUGUAUAUAAUUGGGCUACAGGAAGUCAACUCAAUGAUCAACAAAAGGCUGAAAGACGUUCUCUUCACAGACCAAUGGAGUGACGCCUGCAUGGAGAGACUCAGCCCCUUCGGAUACAUACUGGUGACGUCCCAGCGGAUGCAGGGGGUGUUGCUGCUGGUCUUCGCUAAGUACUACCACCUCCCCUUCCUCCGAGGGGUGCAGACAGAGACCACCCGCACCGGCCUGGGGGGCUACUGGGGUAAUAAAGGGGGUGUGAGUGCGCGCAUGUCUGUGUUCGGUCACACCAUCUGUUUCUUGAACUGCCACUUGCCGGCCCACAUGGAGAACUCUGAGCAGCGGAUGGAGGACUUUGAGAGCAUCCUGCAGCAGCAGCAGUUUGAAGGCCAGGCUGCCACAGGGGUGCUGGACCACGAUGUGGUGUUCUGGUUUGGAGAUCUGAAUUUCCGCAUUGAUGAACUGGAGAUUCCGGCUGUGAAAGCAGCCAUUGAUAACAACAAACUCACCAUGCUGUGGGAGAAAGACCAGCUGAACAUGGCCAAAGACAGCGAGUCAGUGCUGGAGGGAUUUCUGGAGGGUCCUCUCAAAUUCCCCCCCACUUACAAGUUUGAUGUGGGGACAGAUACAUACGAUACAAGUGGGAAGAAGCGUAAGCCUGCUUGGACAGACAGGAUCCUGUGGCGUCUGAGGGCCACAGUUCCCUCUGGGCCGACCCCUAAUGCUGGGAAGAGAGGCUCUAUUUUAGGGCCGAGCAGCGGGACCAAGGUCACCCAGCACUUCUACCGCAGUCACAUGGAGUACAUGGUCAGCGACCACAAGCCUGUCUCUUCCAUCUUCACCCUCCAGUUCCCCUAUAAGGUGGACAUGCCCCUGGUGACGAUCAUGGUGGAGGAUGAGUGGAACAGCAUUGCAGAUGCCACGUGCACGUUCAAGGCUGCACCUAAUUUCGCUCGCAGCUCCUGGGACUGGAUUGGGCUGUACAAGGUGGGAUUCAAACACCAUAAGGACUAUGUAGGCUAUGUGUGGGCCAAGCAGGAGGAGGCAGAUUACCAUAGAGUAGAACACGAGGUGACCUUUACUGAGGAAGAGUUGCCCAAGGGCUCAGGAGACUUCAUCUUGUGUUACUAUAGCAAUAACACGAGCACCCUUGUGGGUGUGACAGAGCCUUUCCAGAUCCAGCUGCCCACCUCCAGCCCUGCCGGUAGCCCCUCUGACGACAGCUCUGAUUUCACCUCUGAGGACGACAACGUGGUUGGUAUGAAGACCAUGUCCCGCAGUCCAAGCCCCCGGAAAAAGAAACUCAGAGCCCGACACAGCCAUAGCCGCAGUCCCAGCCACAGCCGUAGCCGCAGUGGCAGCCCUGCGCUGCCCAAAAUGAAGGGCCUCAAACUGCAGCCUGGCUCAGCCCACAACACCACAGAUGGGGAGAAGGAGAAGGCCUCAUCUGAGGCUGGGGAUAGAGGGUUGUGAUGGAGCCCCUGUUAUUCUGCGCUCACAUGACCAACUCUGUGUGGUUUCUUAGUACAUGAUUUUCGGGUGCCAUUUGUUUCAGGACUGGGGUUAGGCUUCUCGUACUGGAAGACUACUUUGUCUUGUGUGAUUUUUCUUAAGCUGUUUUCAAAUGUAUGUCUCCCUGUAGAUUCUCUCAUUCCUCUCACACUCUCUCUCUCACUCGGUCACUCUUCCCUCUCAGGUGUAGAAAAUACAGGGAGUUUUUGGCUGAUUUUAAGAGAACCUUACAGGGCAAAUCAUUACCAAAUCUCAGGCAAAGGGAAUUGGCCACCAAAAUGCAUAUUGCCAGUUGUUUCACAGAUAUUUUGAAGCAGCAUAAUAUUUACCCCUCUGUAUCAGCCCUGGGGGCUUAGUCAGCAGGUUAGCAUGUGUGACAGCAUGAGCAAAUGAUGUCUUUUGAUGAGGUGAACAAUUAGUUUGACUCCCAAAGGGAACAUUCCUCGCCAAUGGUAAUAAUCCCUAUUUUCUUUAGUGCAAGUCCUGUCCUACAUGGUGAUACAGAAUUGUGUCUGCUGCUGCAUAUAUUCUCUAAGGGACCUGGUCCACAAGUGAUUUUUUUAUGAGUUUUGGAUUUGAAAAAAAAAGUAGAAUCACCAGGAAUUCAUCAGAAAAGGAGUUUAAUUUAGUAAAUCUGUUCCAAAAGUAUUCCCACGAAUAAAAAAAGAGACAUAUGUGAUCGGGGUUUAAUGUAAUCAAGGUAUGAAAUGUAUGUUAUUUUAACAUUUAUUUUUGGGCUUAGUUGUGGUCAAUUCACAGUGUACAAAUGAUUAUUAUUAUGCUCCCGACCAUCCGAUCGGAUAUAAAUCGUCCAGCGGCAGAAUCGAGUUACCUACCCCUGCCUUAGGAAGUGGGCCAAGGAGAUGAACAUAGAGAGCCAACCCUUAAGGAAAUGUGAUUCCAUUUGCAUCCACUGUGUUAGACAGAGUUCUAAAUGCUAGGUGUAGUAUACUACUAGUAUAUGAAUACCUGCCCUUAUUCAUGAACCCUUGUGAGUUGGCUUGACUGCAUGGAUCUUCAAUGCCAUGAAGAAAAAAUAAGUUGAAACAUUUUCACCUUCAGGGUACCGGUGUUUCCAGUUCUCUUAUUUUCUUCCCUGCGCUUCACCUCUCUUUUUCCCUCUUUCUCUCUCUCGUGUCCCCUCUCUCCCUUUUCUCUAUUGGUGAUAGUGAUUAGCUGAAACUGUUCUGUCACUAGAAGUGAUGUGUUGGAUUGUUAACCUGUGACCUCCAAUUUAACACCCUAGACACUUUCUACCUAUGGGCUGUUAGCUUAGGACAGUGUGUGCUGUUGUACUGUAACCUCAUUGUGCGUGAUUUCAUAUAUGUAUGCCACUGUGUGUGUGUGUGUGUGUGUGUGUGUGUGUGUGUGUGUGUUUUGGGUUUACAAGAGUGAGUGUGUGAUUGUGUAUGACUGAUAGUGAUGUGUGUAUGUGCUUGCAUGGUUUUCUGGACAUACUGUACAUUCCGGUACUGUGAUUUUGUGCCGUUAAAAGUGCUGUUUUGGACUUUUGACUGUUUGGAAAAAAUGUUAUGACGACAAUGUAAACACAAAAUGACAUGUUAGAUGUAGAUACAUAAGGAAAAUGAAAGGCUGAAUCAGUUUGCUUGCAGAACAGCAAGAAAGACAAUUUCUUUCAUCCUAUUUAAAUGAUACAAAAAUACACUGUAGACAGUCUGAAGCUCCUCCAAGGUAAAUGAUCAGUACUGCAUACGUCCAAGUGAAAAUGGCUUUAUGUUGUUGUUAUCCAUUGAUUAUGUGUAUCAAUCAAUAUAACUUAAUUGAUCCAAAGUAUGGUUAUAGAAAAGGUGAUAAGGAAAGAUCUGAAAGUCUAAUUCAAUUGUCUUUUGCUAUUUUAGUCUUUGGAAAUGUCUCUCUCCCACACUGUAUGUGGAAUUUUAAAUAUAUGAAUAAGGAAUGUUAUUGAAAGAUUAUAACGUGUUUAAAACAGGUGAGAGUAGGCUAUGUACUGUAUGUAAAUGUCAAAUAUCAAAUAGAGAACAUAUGACAAUCAAUGCCAAAAAUUAUGCAUAUAUUUUCUUAUUUUAUUGUGUCAAAUGAGAACCUGAAUUCUGCUGGCAGGUGUGGGAGGACAAUGUUAAAGCAAAUGGGUUUAUAGUCAGUUCUAUUUCAUAUAUAGUGUAUACAUAUUUGUUUUUAUUUAUUUUAAUUUUAUAUUUAUUCAUGCACACAACAUAGUUUUAUGUGGAGGCAAAAAGAAACAACCCCUUGACUUUGUUUAUCUGUGAUUUCAGAUCAAAUGUCAUUUUUUAAAAUUGUAUUGUCUCUGCUAGCUUGUAUGUGAUUGGGAUUAAAACAACUGGAAAACAUUACAACAACAUUGUAAGAGGCUUGAAUUGGCUAGUUGUUGAAUGUUGAUAUUAGAGGGUGUGUUGUGGACCCAUCCAUGGGGGUCAGGGGAACCUCUCUGCUUUCCAGCUUAACACCUCUGUCAUACACGUUGUUUAGAGAAGGAAAAAAAACUCCUCUUUAAGCAGUACAGCUGGUCUGCUCUUUGAGUCUUUCUUGUUUUCAGUCGGCCAGAUCAAAGAAGCAUUUCGCUACACCCACAAUAACAUCUGCUAAAAAUGUGUAUGUGACCAAUAACAUUUUAUUUUAUUUGACAUCAAUAAGGAACUAAUUAUAUUGCAAUACAUUGAUGUUGUUGCAGUAUAUUGUAAGAAACAGCUCUAUUAUAAAACAUACAAUGCCUAGACA